AUGCUAGAUUGUUACAAGGUCUACAAAAAUUUUGUGCUGCGCAGCUGGGCAGUUACUCUAGAGAUACUCAGGACAUGUGGAGGCCUGGAGAGGCGAUAUCAUGGUGGAAAACAAACAGUGAAAUUCGCUCUCGAUCUCUUCGAGUAUGAGCUCAGUUUUCCAGAUAUGGUCCAAAGAAACCUCACUACCCACAAGGUCAGGCGUGUGAGAAGACGACCAAUGUUUCAGAAUGCAACUGAAAAGUUGGGCCGCAACGGUACACCACUUUAUUGGGACUCAAAGCUGUUGCCCUCAGUAGGGUAUGAGAGAAUACAUCUGAAGACAUCAUCAUCAGAAUACUCAGCAAUCCUUAGUCUCUUCAACAGAACAAUGUCAGGAUGGAACAUCUUAUCUAUUGAACGGAUUCAGAAUUUACUCUUGUGGAACUUCUUCAAGUUACAGAGAGACAACAUGAAAGCCAAAAAUUGCAAAGACGUUGACGAGAGACUGCUCUUCUAUGGCACUGGGUCACAACAUGUGGACGCUAUCUGCCGUGACAAUAUCGACUGGAGAGUUUCUGGCAGGAACGGAGCAUACUAUGGCCAAGGAUCCUAUUUCGCCAGAGAUGCUGUGUACUCCAACGAUUACACUGACAGCCUGGGAACUAAAUCCGUUUUUGUGUGCCGGGCUCUGGUGGGAGACUUCACCAAAGGAGAAAGACACUACAAGAGGCCUCCACUCAAGGUGCAAUGGAAGGGGAUAGCCUUUGACAGCUGUGUGAAUCAAGUCAAUAAUCCCUGUACGUUCGUUAUUUUUGAGAAGAACCAGAUCUAUCCGGAGUACCUCAUUCAAUAUGAAGGAGCCGAUGAGCUUGUGGUUCCCAACCAGGGGGCAUCUGCUAAUUUAUCAUACACCUGUAUUUGUUCAGGCCUCACCUCCUCCUCCUCCACCUCCACCUCCUCCUCGACCUCCACCUCCUUCAGCUUCCACAGGUAG